CGUUAACACUAAAAGCACUGCCGUUUAUUGGUUAUCGCUUUCCAACGUAACGUCCUACAGUUAGUAGAACAAGAUAUUCUCCGACUGUUACGCCAGUGCGCCGGUUGCUCCUAUCAGUUUAUUUUUUACGUCACAUAUUAUAUUAUAAUACAAAUUAAUAUUAUAAUUAUAGUUUCUUUAGAAAACCGGCCGUAAGAUUUCCCCUCAUCAUAUAAUAUAACAAUUUUUAUUCUCUAAUAAAAUUUUAAAUAAUCAUAAUUAAUCUUGUUCGAAAUGUUUUUCAAAUUCAGUAUAAAUAAAAAACUUCUAUUUUUGAAAAUGAGUUUUUUUUUCUACGACUUUGGAAUCGCUCCGAUAAAUAUGUUUUUUCCAACUAUAGCUAGACAGCGAGGAAUCCCUAUACUCGUCAUCGGAAUAAUUUGUACGAUUAUGCCUAUUUUCAAUAUAGUUAUAAGACCAUUAAGUGGAUAUGUUACCGACCGUUGGCACUGUCGUAAACAAGUAUUUUUAGGUUCUAUACUAUUGAAUGCUAUCAUCACGCCGCUGAUACACUUCACGCCAGACUUCAAUGAUAAAAAAUACUCCGAAGCCUUAGACAUCAUGACGUAUUGGGAAUUUUGGAUUUUUAUGACCACCGUUACAGUGAGGUUGUUGCUUUGGAUGGUGGGAGAUGUUCUCCAAGAUACGAUCUGUUUGGAAAUAUUAGGUGACGACAAAAAGAAUUAUGGAAAGCAACGGGUCUGUGGAGCUAUUGGCUGGGGAAUUUCUACAAUAAUGGUCGGUGCGUGCGUGGAUUGGUACAGCGUGGACGCAGAACACAAAAAUUACUUGCCAGCGUAUUUGAUCAGUAUGGCAUUCCUUAUCGGUCAUUUUAUUGUUGCAUCUCAGCUAAGCCAAAAUCAAGCUUGUACAUCCAAAAGCAUGAGUGAAGGUAUAUUCAAAAUAUUAUGUGACGUUAAAGUCUGUUCAUACCUUGUAUGGGCAGUGUUUUCUGGCAUUUUCUCCGCAUAUAUUUGGAUUUAUUUAUUUUUGUACAUUGAAGACUUAGCAAACAUUCAUCAUAGAGAACGAUUACCGUAUAUCAAGACUAUAGAAGGUUUGUCGGUGACACUGCAAUGUCUUAUUGGAGAAAUUCCUAUUUAUAUCCUGUCAGGAUAUAUACUCAAACGCAUUGGACACAUGACAGCUUUUUCAAUAUCAUUCGCAUUGUUUUCUAUAAGAUUUUUCCUGUAUUCGAUCAUUAAAGAUCCACUGUGGGUAUUACCAGUCGAGCUGAGCAAUGGUAUAACGUUUACCUUGGCUUUUGUGGCUGGCAUUUCAUAUGCGGCAAAAGUAGCACCGAGUGGCUGCGCAGGCACUCUCCAAGGCCUAUUCGGUAUGGCUUUUCACGGAGUAGGUAUAUCCAGUGGUUCGUUAAUUGCGGGUUACAUGUUCGAAAGGAUGGGCAGCUCGGCUUCUUUCGGAGUGAUUAGUUACGUGGCGUUUAUCGUGUUUCUAGUCCAAUUAUCUGUCAGCCGACUGAUAAUGCGAAUGAGUAAAUCCACAGAAAAUGCCACCCCGGACAAACGUACAACAAAAGAAUUCGCCACUUGUCCGGAAAACAUGGUUAACUCGAGUUUAAGUAACUAAUACCGCAGUUAUUAUAUCCACAAAUAUAAUCAACGAAAAUAACGUUUCGUUCUCUUCGGUAUUGCGGUAGACUUUUUUAUUUAAAUGACAAAAAUGUAAUUUAUUGUUUUAUAGUGAUUUAAUUUGAUCAUUAAAUUGCUAUAAUAUGGUAAGCACAAAUUAUAUAUAAAAAAAAAUAACAAACGAUAAUAA